CCACUCGACUCUCGCAGCGCUACAACCGUCAUCGAGUUGGGCACCGGGCGUGUCGGUAUAGCCUCUCUCUCCCGGGGAGAUCCACCUCUUUCUAACGACGUCACGGAGCGACGGGUUUUCGGAGGCGAGGGGUUUUUGUUGAAGAAAAGCGAAGAGAUUGUUGUUGUCAACACGAGUUUCUAUACUGCCCUAGCUACUUUACAGAGAACAAGAUGUCAGAUACAGACACAAAACCUUCAAGUCAGGAUGGGGGAGACCAAAAGGAUGGCGAGUACAUCAAACUGAAAGUGAUCGGUCAGGACAACAGUGAAAUUCACUUCAAAGUGAAGAUGACGACCCACCUGAAGAAGCUGAAGGAGUCUUAUAGCCAGAGACAGGGUGUCCAUAUGAGUACCUUACGGUUUCUAUUUGAGGGACAAAGAAUCUCAGACAACCACACUCCAAAAGAGCUGGGGAUGGAAGACGAGGACGUCAUCGAGGUCUAUCAGGAACAGACUGGAGGACGUCGAAAUAAAUAAUCUACCUGGAUUUA